AUGGCUCCCGACCUCAACUCUCUCCCCUCCUCGCCUCUGGCCCAGCCUAUUGGCAAGUCGGCCAACGCCAAUGGCAAUGGCGCCGCGCCGGCCAAGCAGCCCAACAUUCUCUUCAUCAUGGCCGACCAGCUCGCUGCUCCUCAACUCAAGAUGUACAACCCGGAAUCUCAGAUCAAGACCCCAAACCUUGAUGCCCUAGCUGCCCAGUCCGUCCAGUUCGACUCGGCCUACUGCCCUUCACCACUCUGCGCGCCAUCCCGCAUGAGUUUGAUCUCAGGACUUCUUCCCAUGAAGAUCGGCGCGUAUGACAACGCUGCUCAGAUUUCCAGUGAAAUUCCUACUUACGCCCACUACCUGCGGUUGAAGGGCUACCAGACGGCGCUUGCUGGCAAGAUGCACUUCAUCGGAGACCAGCUGCACGGCUAUGAGACCCGCCUCACCAGCGACAUCUACCCAGGCGAUUUCGGCUGGGCCGUCAACUGGGAUGAGCCCGACACCCGGCUUGAGUGGUACCACAACUCCAGCUCCAUUCUUCAAGCCGGCACCUGUGUGCGAAGCAACCAGCUGGACUACGACGAAGAGGUCAUGUACAAAUCCUCCCAGUUCUUGUACGAUCACGUUCGGGAGGACCCCGAGAAGAAGCGGCCUUUCGCUCUGACGGUGUCCCUGACUCACCCUCACGAUCCGUACACUAUUGAGGAGAAGUUUUGGGAUCUCUACGAGGACGUUGACAUUGCACUUCCAAAGGUCCGCAUUCCCAAGGAAGAACAAGAUCCCCACAGCAAGCGCCUCAUGAAGGUCUGCGAUCUUUGGGAUUACGAUUUCACCGAUGAGCAAAUCAAGCGGGCACGUCGCGCUUACUACGGAGCUGUGAGCUACGUCGAUGACUGCGUUGGAAGACUUCUGUCCGUGCUCAAGAAGUGCGGUCUAGAGGAUGACACUAUCAUCGUUUUCAGCGGCGACCACGGCGACAUGCUUGGCGAGCGUGGGCUGUGGUACAAGAUGAGCUACUUUGAGUCGUCUGUCCGAGUGCCCCUGUUCGUCCGCCACCCCAAGCAGUUUGAGCCUCACCGUGUUACCAAGAAUGUCUCAACACUGGAUAUUCUCCCCACGUUGUGCGACCUGGUUGGCACUAAGCCUUUGCCCGGUCUGCCGAUGGACGGAGUUUCACUGCUUCCCCAUCUUCAGGGCAGGGAGGGCCACGACAAGGUUUACGCCGAGUACACCGGCGAGGGAACCGUCAGCCCACUGAUGAUGAUUCGCGAGGGUCCCUGGAAGUACAUUUACUGCCCAGCCGAUGGCACGCAGCUGUUCAACCUCGAGCACGACCCCUUGGAGCUCGUCAACUUGGCAUCCGGCAAGGCCCCGAAAGCCAUUGAGGCGGAAGCCAAGGCCAAGCUGGAGGAGUAUGCCACCGAGACGAAGGGCAAGUGGGACUUUGACGCCAUCACCGAGGAGGUCCUGCAGUCUCAGCGCAAGCGCCGCCUUGUGUGGUCUGCUCUGACCAAGGGUGCUUUCACCAGCUGGGACCACAACCCCGAGGACGACGGCAGAACGAAGUACAUCCGUUCUCAGAUCCCCCUCGACGACCUUGAGCGCCGCGCCCGCUACCCGGCUGUCGACACCUACGGCAGGGUGAUUGGCUCCGCCGUCGCCGGACACCGCGUUUUGGUUGACCAAGCUGGUUCUCAUGGCCAGUAA